AUGAGUAAGCUCCAAAAACAACUUCUGUUUCUCGAGUUGGCAGUGGCUAGUAUCAAUGGCUGCUUUUGUGAUAGCAAUACUGCCUUAAAAACUCAAAAUCGGACAUCAAAUCCAGACUUAGAUCUAAGAAAGGUCCAAUCUCAACACAUUCCUGGCGUCGCCAACAUUCUCACCAACAAAAAACAUAAAGGGCUACAGAUGGAGCGCCCUGUUGAUAAUACAGACGUUUCAUCUGAAAAAAAGGAUGCAGAUCGCAAUGUGAUUGGCAUUUUGGCUUUUACAAAGAACAUCUUUUGUAUCCAUAAAACCUUGGUUGAUUUUUUCAACGGCUUCUCCCUAUUUACUUCAUGCAUUCCAUCCAUUAUGCCAUCAUAUAAGACCAUAUGCUCAAUUAAACAUUCCAUCUUUACAUGCACGCUAUCUCGUGUGAGCAUCUUACGCAUCCUAAAGCAUCUUCUUAAGCAGCUUUAUGUGUUUGUAUUGACCCGUUUUUGGCCAACAGUCUGGUAUUUCUUCCUCGUGUUUAUCCAUAUGGAGUGUUUCUGUAGGUUUUAUACAAGUAUUUUCGGUGUUUCCACUCUACUGCGUCCUGGAUUCAAUAAUGCGCCUUUCUGUGACAUGCUUGACGCUGUGAUGACUAAAUCUUUGAACAACACGUCUAUUUUUCCUUCGCUUAAAUAUGUCUACUUUUACGGAUGGAACUAUUCUCCUGAGAUUCCUGUAAUUUUAGACCGGUUGCCUUUCCCUGUUAACCAUAUCAUUAAGUUUCCGAUGCCGAAUAUAUUUUCGUCUUAUUUCUACCAGAUAAUUACAUUUAUAGAAGAGCUUUUUGUGAAAGGUUUCCUGAUAAAUUAUCCUUUUCUUUUGACAACUUAUACUUCGUUUUUUGGCCUCUUAAGGGAUACCUUUGGGCUUCCCUUGGCUUCUUACAUAAUUUCGCCUGUUUUAUGCACUUUACAAAACUUUAUGGACUAUCUUUUUGACACUUUAGUCAAGAACCCGUAUUUAAGUACUUUACAACCCUUCUUUAUAGAUAUGAGCACACGUAUCAAACGGCUUCUAAUCGCUAUUCGUGCCACAACUACAUGUGGAUCUCCUCUCUUGCCUAAUAUUACCCAAGUUUAUCUACAAAAAGCACAAUUCUGUUUUAUUUCGCUUAUAGAUUUCCUUUCCCCUGUCAUUGAAGCAUUUAGAUACAUGUUAGAGUUCGUGUCAAUAUUUUAA